CAAAAAAGCCAUUACACUAUACCCUUGCACAACCUUCCAGGAGCUGGUCCCUAUUUUUUUCAUUCUCCAUUUAUAAUAUAAUAUUAAACACUAUGCGUCUGAUCAAGCAAAACAUGGAUGAUGCAGCAGCAACAGAAGCCAUGCGUGGUGGUGCUAUUGGUGCUCUCAAGUAUUGCACCGUGGCUUUGUUUGUAGGAGGAGUUCUUCAGGCAACCUGGCCCAGGUUUGCUGCAAUCCGACCUCCUCAGAAGGGUUGGCUCAUGGUUGCUGCGUUCCUAGGAGGAUUUGGAAACGGAUCCGAUACAACAUUCACUAAUUUUGAGCGACGUGAUCGGGAAAUGCAAAUUCGAAUCGCAGAGCAGAAACGCCAUGAUAUUUUGUAUGGAAGUGAGGAGGAGAGGCGAAAGGUAUCAGCCACUAACGCGACUGCUGCUUCCUCCCUCUCAUCAUCAUCGCAGGCAGCAUAG